UAGCGGUCAUGGCGAUAAAUUUCAAACACGUGGAAAAUUUUAGCCGACUGAAAAGCAGCUUUGGUGCGAAAACGGCUGAUAAAAGUUGAAUUUCCACGGGUUUCCAGUCAUAACAACCUUUGAACUUCGUGAGAUCUAAAAUGUCAAACGUGAAGUGUUAUAAGUGUGAUCAAAUAGGGCAUUACGCUCGCGAAUGCCCAUCUUCGGGAGGAGGAACUGGUGGAUCUACUGGCUCAGGCAGUUUUGGAGAUAAGUCUUGUUACACCUGCGGCAGAACAGGUCACUUGUCCAGGAAUUGCCCCAAGAAAAAUUUUUCCAAUAAAUGCUAUGCAUGUGGUAAGAAUGGACAUAUCUCAAAAGACUGCACAGAAGGAAGCAGCGACCUUUGCUACAAUUGCAACCAGAAGGGCCACAUCUCAAAGAACUGCCCAGAAGCCAAGAUUGAGACCUGCUACAAUUGUGGUGAAAAAGGCCACAUGCAGCGCAACUGCCCUGACAGCAAAGGUCGGUUUAACCCAACUUGUUACACCUGUGGCAAAACUGGCCACAUUGCCCGCGAUUGCACUAGAAGCAGCUCCAGUGACAAGUGCUACCGUUGCGGUAAGAGUGGUCACUAUGCUCGCGAUUGCGAUGAAAGUGAAGAGAAGUGUUACACCUGUGGAGAAACUGGCCAUUAUGCACGCGAGUGUAGCAAGUCUGAAAACACCUGCUAUACAUGCAAACAGACUGGCCACAUCUCUAGGGACUGCCCCAAUGAGCCUGAAGAAGAAAAGGCAGACGAUUAAGAAGAACAAUCACCCACAGGCUGUAAGCAAGUAAAAAAGUACUGUGGAGUCAUAGCUAGGUGAAUGUUGAAUAAUGUGGUUUACAGGAGAUACAAUGUCGGCAAGAGCCGACCAGGCGCAUUGAGCCAAGCAAGGUUUGGUAAAUGAUUGGCAUAGUGUCAAUUCUUUGUCAAUUUUUGCCCAUGAUUUAUUAUUUUUUGUGUGUCGUGUAAAUGCAUGGGCGGAGAGGAAUUGUAAUUGCCUUGUCACUUUGCAUUGGGCAGAUACUCAAGGGUGUUUGAGAAAUGUUUCUGAUCAUCCAUUGAAUUCAAUUGCAUUUGAUUUGUUGAAUUUUGGAAUCACUAAGUGAUUUGCAUUGAAGCUAUAAAAGAGUAUUAUUAGUGAUAAACAAAGCAUUGCACUGCCAUUCAAUAAUAAACACACCAUAAAUGGUAUUGUGGUACACUGGUAGUGCUGUGUUUUGUUUUAAAAAUUUAUGAUAGGAGGGUUUAUUUCAAAUGCAUUAUACACCAUAGCUUGAAGGCUUUAGAUAAUCUAAUCUUGUUUCUAACACCUUUAAAUUAGAAAUAACAGGCUGGGAGACUAGUUAGUGUACUGUUGCAAUAUUUGAAAAAUACCUGUCCUAAUUAAUGUAGUAGAGGUAGAAGUUGUUUAAGGGGUUUUUGUGUAAAGUGAUUGUUGGCCUUCGGUAGGUCAUACACAAUAAUAAUUUCUACUAGGAAUAUUACUUCCUGUUUCUUUUUAAUUCAUGGCAUUGCCAUACAACUACUGUCAUGUUCUUAGCACCAUCAAGUUCUCUUUAACAGAUUUUGAUGUUUAGAAAACAGAUAUUGACUGAAGUCUUUAAACCUGUGAAACAAAAUUUGAUUUUUUUUACUUCACUCUAGUUUAGGGUCAGGUAGAAUGUCUUUUAAUUCUAUGAGAUGCUUGGGGAUACAAAUAUGAGAAAGAGAAACAUUUUAAAAUUAUAUUAACAUAUAAGGGUUCUUAAAGCUUGAAUUCUCAACACUCAUAGGCCAACUUGCAUCCGAAAGCCUUUGUACAAUUUUUCUUAUGUGAAGAAUCUUUGCUUUUGAACCAAUCAGAAAGCAACUUUCAACAGAAUAUCAUUCUUUAGCUCAAAGCAAAACAAACAUAUAGGUUCUCGGAUGCACUUGGGCCUUUAGGGGUUUUAAUUAUUUCUGAGUGAGUUCUUUAAUUUAUGAUGGAUAAAGUCAUGACAAAUAUGCUGGAAUUUUAUCCAAGUCCUUGAACACUUUAUGGAAGCGAGUUUUCUUUGUUUUUUCCUCUUAAAUUAUUCAUGAAUUUGGUAUAUUGGAAGUAAAAUAUACCAAGUCAAUUACUUUUUUUAUACACUGAAUAACUAUUAUUCUAUUAUUCAACUGUUAUUCUAAACAAAAUCAGAAACAAAGCUUGUUCAGCAAUAAAUUAGAUCAUUAUCGAUAGUCUGCGUUACAUUAUCGAUUGCACAGAAAAUCUAAAAUUUCCACAUGAAAGUUGUGGUUGCGAAAGAUAUAAGCUUUUGUUUAUAGUAAAUCCAGCCUACUGGCUAGUUUAUUCUUGCUUACGUUUCAAUAUUGCAGAAUGGAAAUAAGUUUUCCAUGGUUUAAAAAUUGCACUCUAGUAAUUCAAGAUAUUUCUGUAGAGGUUAUAUGUCCACAUCACUGUCCCAGUGCAGUCUAUUGGACUAUCUUUAUUUUCAACACCUGUUUUAUAACUGGUAUUUUACAACUUCUUAGACCUUGUAAAAUGAGAGAAAGAAUGUACUGAGAAUAAAAUGAACAUUGGCAAAAUC